AUGCAACAAGUCUCCCCAUUAAAGUGCCCCAAUCGAUGUUCACGCCGCGGACGAUGUUGGACGUCCGCCGACGACGACGUCAAAUGCGUGUGUUUUCACGGCUACGUCGGCGCGUUCUGCGAGAUUUCAGACGAUCCCAGCAAUUUCAAUUGGGCUCAUGCGAUAUCAAUGCUAAUUGGCUUCAUUCUCGGUCUAAUCAUAAUGUCAACGGCAAUCAUCGUCUGGUGGAAAUUUUACACAAAAAAGCGUGAACAAGAACACGUCGAGAAUUCUUGA